AUGGCCGAUGAUGAAGCUUUGGCUACUGCUCUAGCGCAAAUUGCUCGUUUGCAGGCGCAAGUAGAUCAGCUCACGGUUGAGGCUGAUCAGCCUGCGGUUGAAGCAGCUCCUGCUGCAAUGCCGGGCAUAAAUUUUAAUGGUAAUGGUGAGGCUGUUGGUGCUAAUGGUGUGAACGUGCAGUCUUCAUUCCGCUUGGACCAUUAUAGAGUUCCCAAAUUACCUCCAUUCUCGCAAGUGGACCCUGCCCUUUGGUUUAUUCAGGCUGAAGUGUCCAUGAGAAAUGCCCGUAUUCUUAUUGAUUCCACCAAAGCUGACACUGUUCUUGCAGCAUUAGAUGUGGAAGUCUUAGGUUGUGUUAGGGACAUUAUAAUCAUGAAUCCGCCACCUGUAAAUAUCUAUGAGCAAAUUAAAGCCCGUGUUAUUGCAACUUACGCUGAGUCGGAUGAGAUGAAGCUGCGUAAACUGUUGAAGGGGCAAGUAGGAAUUGAUGGCAAGCCGUCGUUGAUGCUAAGCCGUCUUAGAGGUCUUAGCAACGGCACGGUCGAUGACAAUAUUAUUAGAUCAAUUUUUCUUGAACAGCUCCCUCGAGAGCACCGUGCAAUUCUCGUUUCAGCAGGUGUCUCAGACCUUAAUCGUCUAGCUGAGGCUGCUGACCGCAUUGCCGAAUGUGCAUCUACUAGUUCAGAGCCUUAUAUUGCUUCUGCCUCUAAGCCAUCAGCUACCUCAGUCCCUGCAGUUUCAGAAAUGAAGCAACUUAUGGAUAGUAUUGCCGCUCUCAACAAGAAAGUAUUACACCUUGAAAAAGAGCUUAAGAAAACACGUUCACGCUCGUCUUCGAAUUCUCGUAGAGCGUCAAACUCUAGAGAAGAUUCUUCUUCUCUCUGCCGCGCUCAUACUCAAUACCCAGAUAAUCCAACCUCUUGUCGGAAGUGGUGUUCUAAGUAUGACGAUUGUGUCAAUAAACCAAAAAACUAA